AUGAUUGUGAAUAUUUCGGCCGCGAAAAGGACAGAGUUUGGAGUGCUGUUUGCGACGGUCUUCGACUUGGUACCGCACCGCUGCAUGUCGCUGCAGGGCGCGUGGCCGCGUCGGUGGCUCGCGGCGUCGGAGGAGACGCCGAAGGCGCUGCCGAAGUGCGUGCGAGUGAGGAUGUGCGCCAACGAGAACUUGUCACUUCGCCUGCUGCUGGCGGUCGCGCUGCAGAGUGUGCGCCUGCUGCGAGAAAACUCGCAACUGCGUCUGCUCUCGAAGGACCAAAUCCAGUUCUCGGCUGAGAGCUUCUCGCCGUGCGUGCGUCUAGACGACAGACACUUUCUGUACCAGGCGCCGGCGCCGCCAGCGACGGGUCCGCCGCCGCCUCCGGCGGCGGCGGCGCCGGACGCAGUGCGCGUGCGGCAGGCGCAGCUCGCGUUGCUGGACUGGGCGAAUGUGGGUGUGUGUUCGACGGGGCCGCCGGAAUACACGCUUCAGGAUCACGCGUCGGCGCUGAAGCAGCCGAUGGAGAGUUGGCAGGCACUGGAGGAAGCGUUGCUGGAGGCGUGGGCGGCGGAGGAGCCUGGUUGGAUAGGGGGUCCCGACUCCGGCUAUUGGGGUGGUGUGUGUAGGCCGAUGUUGGACUUGGACUGGCGGCAUCAUGUUUCGGUGGUGAAGCCGUGUUGGCCGCAGCGGUCGUAUGCGUGUGAGCGUUGUCGGUCGCGACAGCUGGACAGUUUCACGGGCGCGGUGGGUCAUGAGGUGCGGCCGGGACAGAGGUGCGGGGAGCCGGAGGCGCCGGUGGCGGGGUGGGAUCGGGAGACGUGUUUGGUGUUGUGGAAGCGCGAGGUGGUGCUGGCGAAUGAUGCGGUGAAGGAGGAGGCGAAGCAGCAGUCGCGACCGGAUAGCCCAGUGAGUGCAGUGCGGUUGCCGGCUGCAGCGUGCUGGAUGCCGUGGGAGUCGCGGCGUGAACAUGAGCCGCGGUACCCACUGACAAGAGCGGAGGCUAAAGCCGUAUCGAGGGCGCUUACAAGCGCGCACGCUAGAGCGCUAAGAAGCGCUGAGGCCGAGGCUGAGGCUACGGAUGACAUUAGGGCGUUGACCACCACAGAGGCGGAGGGGUAUGAGUGGCUGCUGAAGGCCAUGGGUGAGCGGAUCGCGUACCACCGACUCAUCAGUCUAUCCAAUUUCAUCGACAACUAUCGUCUUUCUCCCGUCAUCUUUGACUCACUCAAACGCCAAAUACGCCGCGCGCUACGUAGAGAUGGACGUAAGGGAUUGUACGUCGGAUGCUACGAGCAAGUAUAUCUCAUUCUCGAUUCUGCCAUCGACAAUACCCGACCACGUCCACGAGGCACUUUCCGCAAAUCCAUCAAGACUAAACUCUGUGUCGUCCUAGCACCCACUUGUCUCCAAGCCAAUUCUGAGAAUGUUGCUAACGAAAGGACUCGAGAAUUCUUCAAACAACUACGCAAGGAUGCCGACGCAGACCCCGAAGCUCACUGGCGCCUGUAUCCUGAUCCGCGUCUCUUCCACCCGGUUUAG